CGGGGUCUGGCUGGCUGUUGUAUUUGCGUCGGAACGGUCCGAGCUAAAGUGCUUUGGCUAAAGGAUGUGAGAUUAAAAGAGAGUAAACGGACAACAUACCUCCCUGGAUUUCAUUUGUUUAACGUUACCGUCUCUGCUUCGAAAUGUCGGGAAAAAUAGAGAGUAAGCAAGACUCCCAACGCUCCCAUUUGUCUUCCUUCACCAUGAAGCUUAUGGACAAGUUCCACUCUCCCAAAAUCAAAAGGACACCCUCAAAGAAAGUCAGUAAGCCACCUUUAGAACAUAGCGUCAAGACUGCGGAGAAACCUGCUAACAAGGGUCUGAGUCGGUUAGAGGAGCAUGAGAAAGACGUGGUCAGUGCCUUGCGUUACUUCAAGACCAUCAUUGACAAGAUGGUGGUGGACAAGAAGGUGCUGGAGAUGUUACCAGGGUCUGCCAGUAAGGUCCUGGAGGCCAUCCUGCCUUUAGUCCAAGUGGAACCAAGGAUCCAGCACAGUUCAGCGGUGUCAUCUUGUCUUAACCGUGUGUACCAGAGUCUGGGCAAUCUCAUUCGCUGGUCCGACCAAGUCAUGCUGGAGGGGGUCAACCUGGAAGAUAAAGAAACCAUCGUUACCGUCACCACUGUGAUCAAGGCAGUGCUCGACGGUGUUAAGGAGCUGGUGAAACUGACCAUCGAGAAACAGGAGCAUCCCUCCCCUACAUCUCCUGUCAAACCAGUGCCACCGGCCGCCCUGACUGAGAGCGCUGCAGAGCCACCUGCCAAAGAGAAGGAGAGUCUGGACAAGAGUUCAGCCACAACCCAAUCUACGGAAGUCUUGACUGAACCCACUGAGGAUGAAGCAGAGGAGGUGGCCCCUCCGAAACCCCCUCUCCCUGGCGUAAAGAUGGCUGAACACAAUCCUCCAGCUCUCCCUCCAAAGAAGCGCCAGUCGGCGCCCUCCCCCACCCGGGUGGCAGUGGUGGCCCCCAUGAGCCACGCCACCAGUGGCGCCGGUCUUCCCAUGGGCACCGGCCUCCACAAACAGGAGUACGAGGUGGACGCGUUGCAGCGGCGCUUCUCAGGGGGCAGCCAUUCGUACGGAGGGGAGUCGCCGCGCCUGUCGCCCUGCAACAGCAUGGGCAAGCUGAGCAAGUCGGACGAGCAGCUGUCCUGGACAGUGGACAGUGGACAGUGCUCACGCAACACCAGCUGUGAGACUCUGGACACCACAGACCACUACGACCCGGACUACGACUUCCUGCACCAGGACCUGUCCAGCCUGGAACAGAUGCCUCCCCUGCCGGUGGGGGGAUGCCUCAGCCCCCUGCCCGAGUCCCACAGCGAGUCCUCCUCCCCUUCCCCGUGCCCCGGCCCACCACUGGCUCAACCCCACUUCACCCCUGCCCACCCCUCCCCCCAGCCGUCCCUCCAGGGCUCCUCCACGUCCCCCCUCUACUCCCGCAUGACUCCCGCAUUGCCGCCCCCCGCCCUGCCAGAAAAGAAGCGCCGCAGCGGGGUCAGCUCGGGCUUCUCCGACGGCUCCUACUCUGGCUCCUCCUGGCGUGUCUCCUUCGAGCGUCACCCGUCCCAGUAUGACAACCUCAUGGAGGAGGACAUGCCGCCUGUGCCCCCCUUCCCCCUGUUCACGCCUGGCGUCUCGCCCAUGACCCUGUGCCACGCCGGCGAUGGGUUUGUGUCUGAGUUCUGUGCCAGCGAGAUGGCAGACGUCCCCCAGAGUCCACCCCCACUCCCCGAGAAGAAGAGCCGCCACAUACUGAAGUACAUGCAGUUUGUGGAGGACUACUCGGAGCCCCAGCCCUCACUCUUCUACCAGACACCGCAGAGCGAGAGCAUCUACGAGCAACGCAACAAACGCUUCCAGGAAGUCUACAGCUUCAAUGACUCGUAUAGCAGCAAUGACUCUGUUCACGAGCCCCUCCCACCCCCGGCACUGCCACCCAAACAGAGGCAGCUGGACUCAUCCGCCAUAGAUGACUCACUGGAGGACACUGCCUCAGAGAACCCACUGUGCACGGACACGUGCAAUGACAGCCGAAGGCAAAAGUCCUCAGAAGAAGGGCCGAGUAGCGAGGAGACAGAUGAACUUUCCCUCAUCGAUCACAUGGAGAUCAUGUCCCGGAUAACACUAAAGCAGAAGAGCGACGACGGUCCAGAUGUCCGAGCCGGAUCGGGGGAUAUUUUAUUAGUCCACGCCACAGAAACAGACCGCAAAGAUCUUGUCUUGUACUGUGAGGCUUUCCUGACGACGUACAGAACAUUUAUAACCCCCGAGGACCUCAUCAAAAAGCUGCACUACAGAUACACCAGAUUUAGUCACAGCCCAGACACCUUCAAGAAGAGAGUCAGCAAAAACACCUUCUUCGUUCUGGUCCGUGUGGUGGACGAGCUGUGUCUGGUGGAGAUGACGGAGGACAUCCUGAAGCAGCUGAUGGACCUGGUGUUCAGGCUGGUGUGUAACGGUGAGCUGAGCCUGGCCCGUGUGCUCCGCAAGAACAUCCUGGACAAGGUGGAGCAGAGGAAGUUGCUGCGCUACACCAACUCCCUUAAACCACUGGCCGCGCGAGGUGUCGCUGCCAGACCGGGGACCCUGCAUGAUUUCCGCAGUCACGAGAUUGCAGACCAGCUAACUCUCCUGGACGCGGAGCUCUUCUACAAAAUUGAGAUCCCUGAGGUGUUGCUUUGGGCUAAGGAGCAGAACGAGGAAAAGAGUCCCAACCUCACACAAUUCACAGAGCACUUUAACAACAUGUCAUACUGGGUACGCUCCAUAAUCAUUCUGCAGGAGAAAGCCCAGGACCGAGAAAAGCUCCUCCUUAAAUUCAUCAAAAUAAUGAAGCACUUACGGAAGCUAAAUAAUUUCAACUCGUAUUUGGCAAUAUUAUCUGCCUUGGAUUCGGCUCCCAUCCGAAGACUGGAAUGGCAGAAAACAACCUCAGAGGGCCUAGAGGAAUACUGCACGUUGAUAGACAGUUCCUCGUCGUUCCGGGCCUACCGAGCGGCACUGGCAGACGUGGAGCCCCCAUGUAUACCAUAUCUGGGACUUAUCCUCCAGGACUUAACCUUUGUCCAUCUGGGCAACCCUGACCUCAUCAACGGGAAGGUCAACUUCUCAAAGCGCUGGCAGCAGUUCAAUAUCCUGGACAGCAUGAGGCGCUUCCAGCAAGUGCAUUAUGAUCUGAAACACAACGACGACAUCGUCUCCUUUUUCAAUGACUUCAGCGACCACCUGGCAGAGGAGGCUCUGUGGGAGCUGUCUCUAAAGAUCAAACCUCGGAACAUUACGCGGCGCAAAACGGAGCGCGAAGAGAAGACAUAGGAACGUGUCCCGCUGUAUUGGAUCUUUGGUCAUUUUACAAAAUCACGGAAUUACAAGAGACUACAAACAAGUAGAACUGUGAAGGCAGCUAAAAGACUGUGGAUGAUUUUUUUAUUUUUUUUUGGACAUCUCAGACUUGGGAUUCUCUGUUUGGGAUUGCGCUCAGUCUGUGUGUGAGUAAAGCCAGUGAGAGAGACACUGCAUUGUGUGUUCACCUUUGUCACCAACCUCAUCCACCCGAUGCCAUAUUAUGGGUAUGGUCCAAGCAUUACAGGAUACGCUAGGGGUUGUCCUCUCACAACCGAAGACAUUGCCCUGACUAAAACCUUAUCAUACUGAUGUGGGCCAUGGGAAACACUGCCCAAUGUCACUCAGUUUAGACUUUUUUUAUACGGGACUCCAGACCCUUUUUUUGCUGCCACAAACUGUGACGCUGUAUCGCCUGACAUGGCAGAGAACUGCUAUGGGUGGUGCAGAACUUUGAGCAAAGACACUCGUCACCUGGGUCUGCUUCUAGACUGGUGGAAAAAUAUAUAUUACUGGUGCACAUAAGACAUCAUUUUGUCAUUAAAAAUCAUGUUUUUUUCAAGGAAGUGUUGUAUGUAUGAUACUGUCUGACUGAUGCAAUGCAGUUUUUGUUUUGUUCUUUAAAAGGAUGUGAAAAUUAUACUUCCGAAAUGCGGAGAAGUGAUACAUGAAGUUCAUAUACAGUGGGGCCCGGAAUUAUUGGAUCCCUUGAUAAAGAUGAGCAAAGAAGACUGUAUAAAAUGAACAAUACAAAUGCUGAACUAUAUUGUAUAUAAAUAUAUUGUGUAUAAAUUGUUCUGGUGCUUGGUAAAGUUCAUGAUGCCAUUGACCUUAACAAGGGCUCCAGGACCAGUGGAAGCAAAAUAGCCCCAUAACAUCAAAGAUCUACCACCAUAUUUUACAGUAGGAAUGAGGUAUUUUCUGCCUAUGCAUUUUUCUUUCGAAAGCCAAACCCACCAUUGAUGUGCAUGGCCAAUGAGCUCUGUUUUCAUGUCAUCUGACCAUAGCAGCGCCUGGAGUUUGCUAAACGGCAUUGGCACUUGGAUUGGAGCCAGUGCUAUGGUCAUAUGACAUGAAAAUAGAGCUCCUUGGGUUUGGCUUUCAAAAGAGCAAUGCAUAUGCAGAAAAAAACUCAUUCCUACUGUAAGAUAUGGUGGUGGUUUUUUAAAUGAUAUGGGGCUAUUUUGCCCCCUCUAGUCCUGACGCCCUUGGUAAAGUUAAAUACGCCGUUGACCUUAACAAGUACCAGUACAUUUUAGCCAAAAACCUGGUUGCCUCUGCCAGAAGGCUGAAACUUUUCCACAAGCGAAUCUUCCAGCAAAACAAUAAUCCCAAGCACAUGUUAAAAAUAAUCCCAAAAUAAAUGGUUAAUUGACCACAAAAUCAACAUUUUGACCUCAUUGAAAACCUGUGGUUUGAAGCAUUCUGUAUGGAGGAAUAAUCUAAGCCCCCCGAAUGUGUUCUCCAAUCUCAUAAAACAUUUUAGAAAAAUGCUUUGUCGUUAUCCUGGCUAGGGGAGGGUUGCUGGAGAAUUGAAAACGGGAUCCAAUACAUUUUACCCUUUUUUUAUUUAUUUUAUUUAUUUUAAACAAUCUCUUUCUCUGAAAAAUUGUAUUAGUAUAAAAUAAUAUUUAUUUUUGCAUUUUUACAGUCUUUUUUUUCAUAUCUUUAUCAAGGGAUCCAAUAAUUCCAGACCCCACUGUACUUGCACUUAAAAAUCAAAUGAACAAAAAAGUGAUGUGAUGUAUGUGUCAUGGGAGCUGUACAUAGCAGUGAACAUUAGAAACAUUACAGCAAUCAGAAGUGGACCUGGUCGCCAUCCCUCUACUGUUUAAUCUGGAUGGUGAAUGAAGGCCUUUUAUACAGAACAAAAAUAUAAACGCAACAUGUAAAGUGUUGGUUUCAUGAGCUGAAAUAAAAGAUCCCAGAAAUUUUCCAUAUGCACAAAAAGCUUAUUUCUCUCAAAUGUUGUGCACACAUUUGUUUACAUCCCUUUUAGUGAGCAUUUCUCCUUUGCCAAUAUGAUCCAUCUACCUGAUAUGUGUGGUAAAUCAAGAAGCUGAUUAAACAGCAUGAUCAUUACACAGGUGUACCUUGUGCUAGGGACAAUAAAAGGCCACUCUAAAAUGUACAGUUUUGUUACCACAGAUGGUUCAAGAUUGAGGGAGCGUGAAAUUGGCAUGCUGACUGCAGGAAUGUCCACCAGAGCUGUUGCCAUAUAAUUUAAUAUUAAUUUAUCUACCACAAGCCGCCUCCAAUGUUGUUUUAGAGAAUUUGGCAGUACUUCCAACCGGACUCACAACCGCAGACCAUGUGUAACCACGUUAGCCCAGG